GCGUCUUUUUGCGUCAUCAAAAUGCGACUAUGUUCGGCCGUAAAUAAACAUCGGGAAUGGAGUCGGAACGGCAUGGAAAAACACUCCAGACAUUUUAACCUUUUUUUUUUUUUUAAGAUUCAUACUGAUCGCACAGAGUUAUAUUUUACAAGUCCAUUCCUCACGUCCCGCGUAUUGUUCUCAAGCCAUAAAGCAGGCAUUAAUCGUCUACAACCCGCUAAAGGUUGAGCAUUUAUUAAAUCCUAUAUUUAGGUGUGGUAGACAUUUAAGACGCCUGUUAAACGAGUCUCAUUGAAUAUAAGAUGUAGUUAGUAUGCAGGAUUACGGUGUGAUUAGGGGGAGAUCAUUUUGUGCCUGCUUUGAAAACAUCGAGGUGAUUUCCGGGGCAUUCUGGAGAAAUAAAGAUGGUCCUGUCUUUGGUGAACCUGUGCGCCCGGGAGGUGGUGAGCGACCACAGCUCUUCGCCGUAUUGGUUAAGUUGUGUGCCGAGGGAGCUCUACCGAGCGUUGCUGGACGCCGCCUUCACCCACUGCCGUCCUCUAGCUGUCGGUGAGCUCGUCCAGCGGUGGCCCGAGAGAACACUGACCGUUGGAGGCAGCAGAAAAGCGGGCGAGUGCCCUCCGAACCGCCUCUGCGUUCAGGCUCUGCUGCUGGCUGUGGUCAGGGGACUGACGGACAAAAGGUGUUGCCUGCAGAUGCUGGAUCUCAGUGGACUUCAAUGUGAAAAUGGGAGAGUUGAGGACUCGAUGGGUGGAUGGUCCCUCAGUGUUGCCCUGUGCUCAAUGGUGCUACAAGCUCGAGCUGCUGCCUCCAGGGCUCACAGGAGAGAUGGAGAAAGAGAGAGAAAAAGAGGACUGGAAGCAGAACGCGACCGGGGCACCAUCAAACGAGACCGGGGCAAGGUAGGGUGCGGGAAUAGUGGUGAAGGGAGUCAGGGAGGACACGGAGUGGAAGAAGUAGAGAAGAUGGAGUGCAAAACUAAUGAACGGAUGUUACCAGAAGAUGAGUCAGUAAAGGGUGUCAGGAGGAGGAUGGAGAUCCAGAGAAGAAAGACUAUAUCUGAGGGGAAAUCAAACACCAGCAGUAAUAGCAGUAGGUUAUGCGACCAAGACUGGGACGAGGUAGUUGUGGUCCAUGUCAGGGCUGACCUUUUUGUCAAUUCCCGUUCCUGGGAGCGUGUCCGUGAUGCCCUUAGUCAACCAGGUCCACUGCAGCUCCACUGCCACUACCUCCGCGUGGAGGAACUCUCAGCGCCCUCCAUAGCUUCCUUGUUGGGUCUCUUGCCUCAGCAAAAUCUUCUCGGUGUGGACAUCCGCUACUCCAGCCUUGGGGUGUCAGGCCUGGCUAUGCUGCUUCCACUGUUAGCACCCUUUCCUCAGCUGCACUCUCUGAGACUGCAUUACUGUAACUUGGAUUUACAGCGCACACAGCCUGGCCAGCAGGGAGCACUUCAGGACAUGUCUAAAGGACUGGGUUCACUGAAGAAACUAAAGAGAUUAUGUCUGACUGCACUCCGACUGCCGGGACACCUGCGCCUGCUGCUCAGAUCGUCCCUGCCCUCUCUGCGCCGUCUCUUAGCUCAAGCCGAAAACUCUCUGUGCCAGCUUUCACUUUGUGGUUGUGGCCUCUCAGACAGUCUCCUGAGUGCUCUUCUUCCCUCCCUGUCCAGCUGUCAGGCUUUACGUAGAUUAAGAUUGGCCUUAAACCCGCUCUCUAGAACGGGACUGCUUUGCCUGGCCCGUACAGCGGCAGGAAUCCCUUCUCUUCGUCUGCUGCUCUAUCCCAAUCCACUAGAGGAAUAUGAGCCUGGUCUGCCGGCUCUCCCCUCCAGUGCUCAGCUGUUGGAUUGGCCUCUGUUAGAGGAGUCUGAGGGCAGGGACUUGACUCUGAGGUUACUGGAAGAGGUUCUGAACUUGAGAGGACGAUCCCGGGACCUUCUAGUGACCUCUGACCUUCUAAACUAUAGCCCAGACUUAACUGUGGAUGAAUAGAGGGUGAAUGUCCCAGAGCUCACUCUUUUAAUAAGUAUGUGACAAUCAAAACUAUGCUUAAACUAGUACUCUCAGAUUAUGUUUUAACCACUCCUGGGGAAUGUACUUGAGGUUGCCAAGCUUUUUUCAGUAACAACAAACCUUAGCUUAUACACACAAUCGUAUAAAAAGGCUGGCUAGUGGAAACCUUCGCAUUAUAUUGUAUGCAGCUUCUCACAUGAAAUGAUUUUGAUUUGUAUUUGUUUAAGUUAUCCAUUAAGUAUGGUUUUAUUGCUUUAAAUCAUACUAUAAUAGGGCAAUGUUUAUGGCAAAC